AUGAUAAUAAACAGAUAUAUUUAUGGAGGAGUUAUAUAUUUAGCCAAAUACAACGGUGCAGAAGUACUUGACUUAUUAAUCGCAGCCGAUGAAUUGGGUCUAACCGAUUUAUUUGAUUUCAUUCAAAAUCAUCUAAUCAGUGAAAAAGCCGAUUGGAUACGCGAGCAUUUUGCGCUCGCGCAUAAAAUUGCGUACCAACAUGAGUCAUUUUGGAAAUUGCAACAAUUCAUCCAAAUGAUUAAAGACAAACACCCAGAGGUGGUGUUCAAAGCGGUAGAUUUCACUGCUUUGGAAGAAGAUAUGCUUGUUUCUUUGAUAUCACGUGAUGACAUCGCUAUAGAAGAAAUUGAUAUUUGGGCACGGAUUAUGGAUUGGGGUCUUGCGCAAAUGCCACCCUUUACGUUUGAUAUUUCUCAAUGGAGACAAAAUGAAUUUGCUGCUCUAGAAAAAUUACUUCAUAAGCUCAUACCGCACAUUAGAUUCUUUCAAAUCUCGUCGGAGGAUUUCGAUGAACGUGUUGUCCCGUUUAAAUCGAUCCUACCGAGACGACUUUAUCGUGAUGUUUGCAAUUACAUGUUGCAUCCUGACGACAUUCCGAAGAUAAAAUCACCGAUCCUACCACCAAGACUUGGGAAUUGGAAUUGGUUAGUGAUGAACAUGAAACCGAUGCAAAUCGAUUCAAUCCUGAUAAAUGUAAAGCACGCAGCGUUGGCUGCGAUUUGGAUCGAUCAGAAAAAUAUUGAGGCACAUUUCGUGACUAAUCCAUUCGAGUUCAAGUUACUAUUACGAGGAAGUCGAGAUGGUUUCACGCCCACCUCAUUUCAUCGUCUGUGCGAUAAUCAAGGGCCCACGUUGACUGUGAUUCGCGUAAAAGAUACAGACGAAAUAAUCGGCGGCUACAAUCCAUACAGUUGGAAUUUGCACUCUGGCUUUGAGCGAACAAACGACAGUUUUAUCUUCUCGAUUGAUGAAAACGACUUAUCCGCCUCUUUUUGCUCAUUGGUCUCUAAUUCGUCAAAUGCCGUAAAGUCACAUACGAAGUGUGGUCCUUCGUGGGGUGAUGGUGAUUUAUGUUUAUUUGGUCAUAAUUUCCGCGAAUCAAAGCUUUGUCGUACUAGACAGUGUGAUUAUGAACAAAAAAUACGUAGCAGUAGCGAAACCUUUUCAGUUCACGAAUACGAAGUUUUCCAGGUGAUUCGCACAAAUGGAAUGGGAAUGAAUAAAGGUUAUUAG